AUGACGAUGAGCAGUAGCACCAAAGUAUAUGAAAUGAAUCUGUACGAGACUCCCACUGGCGAUGACCAAAUUGUAUACUCAACUACUCAAUCAAGAACUUGCACCCUUCAGGCCACCAUAGGAGUCAAAACAGCUUAUUUCACACUAAGGGACUACACCCUUACUAACUUAGGAACCGCAGUAGAAAUCAUGGUUCGCCAUGAAGGCUGCAUUAAGUCCAUUGAUUUCGGAAUUGAAGGCCAUGUUUUAGAUACACUAAACCAGACAAACAAUCUUCGCAUCCUGUACGGAGUUCCAAAUAAUAGCUUUGGUAUACUUGUCGCUAAAAAAUACCGUACGAGUAAAUGGGGUGAAACUGUGUUGGUGUUUCACAUGUUGUUGGUUCCUUCAGAAGUAUGUGUAGCUGGGUGGCAUAUUUGGCAUGAUGCUCGGAAAGGUCGUUUCAUGUGUGAGCCAAUAGGUCCUUUACAACGCUCUUCACUUUUAGAGAUCAUGAGAGAAUUUAGCAAUACUCGUCAUCCUAUUUCUUCCGAUGGAAACCAAACGUCGAUCAAUGGCCUUAUAAAUAAUCUCGGCGCAGUAAUUGGCGAUUUCAAUGGUUCUAUUAUCAACUAUAUUAUUAAUAUUUUUUUAUCCACGUGA